CCACGUGUCAGUUUCCAACGACAAGAAGACUCAGCUUAGUCUUUUCUCUCUCUUCUUGUCAAAAGUCAUCACCGUUGCUACCAAGUUAAAAAUUUUACCCUAAAUCUAAACUUUAGGGUUGCCCAAUCCAACUCAACACUCCCACAUCCUCACUCCACGGGAUGGAUGAAAGCUCGCACUCUGAGGCUCAUUUGACGUCGGCUGCUGCUUUUGUAGAAGGGGGCAUCCAAGAGGCGUGUGAUGAUUCUUGCAGUAUAUGUCUGGAAUCCUUUUCUGAGACUGAACCUUCUACGGUGACUAGUUGCAAGCAUGAGUUCCAUCUUCAGUGCAUUCUUGAAUGGUGUCAGAGAAGUUCCCAGUGCCCCAUGUGUUGGCAACCUAUAAGCCUGAAGGAUCCUACCAGCCAGGAAUUGCUUGAAGCUGUAGAGCGAGAGAGAAGCUUUAGUUUUAAUACAGCUAGAAAUGCUACCAUAUUUCAUCAUCCAACUCUGGGAGAUUUCGAGCUACAGCAUUUACCAGUGGGUGCGAACGAUGCUGAACUUGAAGAGCGUAUAAUUCAACACUUGGCUGCAGCUGCUGCAAUGGGGCGAGCACGCCACAUUGCUAGAAGGGAAGGCCAUAGGAAUAGAUCAUCAGCUCAUGGUCGUCCACAGUUCUUAGUGUUUUCAGCUCAUCCUAAUUCAACUCCAGCUGAUCCAGUCUCUUCAUCUCCUAUUCAGAGAGGAGAAGGUGAACCAGCUCGUACAGCUGCUCCCUCGUCUCCUCCAACUGCAGGGGAAGAUUCUUCACGAUCAAAUGUACAACUACUUUCUGCUCAAGGUGACCAUGGUUCAGCUUCACCAUCUGGAUCAAAUACUCUUUCUCCCAAUCAGCAUGGAAAUACCUUAAAUGAUAGGAGCUCUCCUAAUGAAUCUUCCCCAAAUAGUCAAGACAGAGCUGGACCAUCGGAGUUCCAAUCAUUUUCAGAGUCUCUUAAAUCUCGAUUUAAUGCAGUUUCAAUGAGGUACAAGGAGUCUAUUUCAAAGAGUACAAGAGGGUGGAAAGAAAGAUUUUUUUCUCGCAACAAUACAGUGGCAGACCUUGGUUCCGGAGUUAAAAGGGAGGUUAGUGCUGGAAUUGCUACAGUAUCACGCAUGAUGGGGCAUCUAGAAACCAGAGACGAUGGUAGAACUGACACUGCUUCUGCAUCAAACACUCCAAAUAGCCCAGUUCGUGAAUCAAACAAUCCAAAUAUCUCAAUUGCUGAGUCAAACAACCCUCAAAUAUCUGGAAGUCCAGUCAAUAAUCCUGUGAGCAAUAAUAAGGGCCAAGCUUCAUGUGCUGCUAGUUCUGGUUCAGAUUAAAAAUAGUUCCAACAAUACCAUCAGCACAACCAUUUUAUUCUAAAAGAUACCGGCACACUGUAGUGUGAAGCUUUGCUUUUAUUCGAACUACGGACAAUCCUUUGGGACCGAAGGCACUUAUAUUUGAGCCAGAAAACAGUUGAUGAUUGUAAAUCAAUCUAUAUUUGAAGACCUAUGGUUUGUAUCAUGGAUUGUAAAUUGAAUGAUGUUAUAGAUUAGUGAAUGGAGAAUUAUGUGGUAUGGUAAAGAUCAGUGAAUUUAA